GGAGUGAGCAUCUCUCCCUGACCGCGGUGCGUGUUAUCUCGUGCCUCUUGGUUUCGACGAGUGGAUUUCGCAAAGCUGUGGAACGCUGUACUAUAAUAGGAGGACAUCUCAUUUCUCACGGAAGCCUGAAGACUUCACCUGGAUAACCCGUUCAACGCAGCGCAGAGGAUAGCGAAUUAAAGAAGGAAAGAAGAGUGCCGAUUGUUGCAGUGCAGCUGUGUGGAUAAGAAGAGAAGAGAAGAGAAGAGAAGUGAGGCAAUAUGAUGGUGAAACAGCACAUGUUCCUCACGCUCUGCAGCCUCCUCGGGAUCGCACUCAAAGGUGCCCAGGGCCAGUUCCCGCUGGUGCAGAACGUGACGGUGUUGGAGGGCAGCGUAGCGCUCAUGACGUGUCGUGUGGAAAACAACGACGAUACCUCCCUCCAGUGGGGAAACCCGGCACAGCAGACACUCUACUUCGGAGACAAGAAAGCUCUGCGGGACAGUCGUAUUAACCUGGUGCGUGCCACAUAUCACGAGUUGACCAUCAGCAUCAGUGAGGUGACGCUGCAUGACGAGGGGGAGUACACCUGCUCGCUCUUCACCUAUCCCAUCAGGACCGCCAAGGCAUACCUCACCGUACACAGAGUCCCCGAUGAGCCUCAGAUCCUGGGCCUCAACAAGCCAGUCAUGGAGGGAGACGAGGUCACCAUGACGUGCGAGUCGUCGGGCAGCAAGCCUGCCGCGGACAUCCGGUGGUUCAGGAACGGACAGGAGAUCUCAGAGAUUAAAAGCCUGAAGGAGGUGGACCUGAGUGGCAAGACGUACACGGUGCGGAGUUCCCUGAAGAUGCAGGUGAACCAGGACGACGACGGCAUCUCCUACACCUGCCAGGUGGACCACGUCUCCUUGGCAACGCAGCCACACCUGGCCACAGAGGUGCUGCAGGUGCAAUAUGCGCCGCGCGUGGAGAUCAAGUACUCACAGCCGUUUCCCCAGGAGGGGGGCCUGCUCAAACUGGAGUGUGUAUCCAGGGGCAACCCCGUGCCAGACCCUGUGCUGUGGACCAAAGAUGGCGGCGAGCUGCCCGACCUGGAGCGCAUGAUCGUGGAGGGGGCGGAGCUGACCUUCAUCGCGCUCAACAAGACGGACAACGGCACCUACCGCUGCGAAGCAUCCAAUAACCUGGGCACAGACCACGACGAGUACAAACUCUUCGUAUAUGAUCCCAACGCCCUGGGACCUCACAACACAGAUCACGCCCUGAUUGGUGGAGUGGUUGCCGUGGUAGCCUUCGUGACGCUCUGUCUAAUCAUCGUGCUGGGACGCUACUUUGCCAGACAUAAAGGCACGUAUCUGACGAACGAAGCCAAAGGUGCGGACGACGCCCCCGAUGCCGACACCGCCAUCAUCAACGCCGAGGGCAACCACGCCUCGGAGGAGAAGAAGGAGUACUUCAUCUAGACCUUCAUCACCAUAGCAUCAGCAUCAUCUGCUAUACACAGAUACACAAAACACCACACCACA